AUGCACCAACAACACCAGCAGCAGCAACACCAGCAGCAGCAACAACAGCAACAGCAACAGCAACAGCAGCAGCAGCAGCAGCAGCAGCAGCAGAAACAACAGGAAGCCGAAAAGGAAUCGCAAAUCGCAAAGAGUGACGCGCAGAGCUGGGGCGACGAGUUUACCUCGCUCGAAGGCCCCGCAGGCCUUGCUCACGCCUAUGCCAGGGACGCCGAUGUGGAGGAGCUCAACGUUGCUGAGCGGCUGAGAAUUGACGAUUCCUUUGAAGAUAUGUACGAAGCCGCUUUCAGAGACUAUCUGGGGAGCGGCGCGAUCAAAGAACAGUACAAGUUUGCGGAGAGGGAGGGCGAGCAGAAGCACGGCAGAAGUGCCAUGGAGGCCUUGGAAGAGGGCGUGCAGUUGAGGGCUUCCGGCAAGCUUGUUAUGGCCGUCAGGGCCUUUGAGGAGGCUCUUAACCGCGAGGCGGGAGACCCCCAUCCACCACUCGAGCGUGAUCAAACUGCGAAGGCGUGGCACUUAUUGGGGCUCACGCUCGCAGAGACGGAUGACGAUGCGGCUGCUAUUGUCGCCCUGCAGCAGGGUUUGGAGGGGUACAACAGCUCGUUGCAAGGUGAGCAGCGCCAAGAUAAUCCCUACUUGUUGAGUUCUUUGAUUGCACUGGCGGUUAGUUUUACCAAUGAGCAGAUGCAACCGCAGGCUUUUGGUCAUAUCAAGGAGUGGUUUGGGCUGUGGUGCAAGCAGAAUGGAGUUAGCGACGCCGAACUGGAUCGCAACAGCCAACCAACGGUGAACGGAACGGAUUUGGAAGAUGUGUUUCAGGACGCGGGCAAGGCUGGCGCCCAGGAUUUAUUGGAGCGAAUGAGAAAGGCUUGCGCAAGCGCGCCGGAAGACGCGGAUGUCCGCAUCGUUAUGGGGGUUCUCCAUAAUUUGCAUAGGGAGUAUUCAAAGGCGGCAGAGACUCUGCGACAUGCAGUCAUGCUCAGGCCGAACGACCCCGGGCUAUGGAACAAGCUCGGUGCCACGCUUGCAAACGGUGGUGAGAGCGAUGACGCGUUACGAGCUUACCGACGUUCUGUGGACAUUAACCCGGCGCUAGUCCGAGCGUGGGUGAACGUUGGAACGGCAUACUCGAAUCGCGGGGAGUUUCCAAAAGCCGCGCGAUACUACCUCAAGUCAGUUUCGAUGGCGGCUGAUGAAGCGACGUCGGCUCACAGCAAGGGCAUCAUGAAUAAUGAGGAUAGGAUGUCACAUGUAUGGGGCUAUCUUAGAACCACGAUAAUCUCGAUGUCGCGGCCGGACCUGCUCAACCUAAUCGAUUCAAGAGAUAUUCAAGGACUUGGAUCACAUUUCUCUUUCUAACACGGCAUUCGGGCUGAUAGAUCAGAUGUUAGACUAACCUACUGCUUAUAUAGGAACAGAUGUACAAUACAUUGGGACGAGAAAGAAAGAAAUGUUAAACAGCAAACUCAAGUGUUCUCAAA